AGCAUAACAACGCCAAAACUCCCAUUACUUCUUCAACAAAACCAGAUUCUCACUUUUUCUCUUCUCUUCUCUGUUUUGCUCUGUUUUUGUAACGUUUCAUGGCUCGUGUUCGUGCUUUAAUGCUCAUUUUCUUGGUUUUCUUUGCUUCUUUUCCAACACAAUUGGAGGGCAGAAAGCUGUUAAUUGCAAAGCAAGUGAACGAAAAGGAAGUCCCUUCUUUGUUUAGGAGUUUGGUGCUGAGUGCACUUUCUAAGGGUACAGUACCAUACUCUGCCCCUAGCAAGAAGGGUCACGCCACUCUUGACAACGAGAAGCUCUUCAACCGGCACCUUUCUAGCAUCGAUCGAAUUCUCCGGUCUGUUCCAAGCCCUGGUGUUGGCCAUUGAUGCCUAGGAAGCUUCUACCCAGUUCCAGUUUUGUAAUCUCUACAAUUUUGAUUUUUUUUUUUUUAAAUUAGGUUUAGACCAUAAAUUUUUACAUAGAAGUCUAUACAUUUACUCAUUACUGGGAUUGCUUUUGUUUAUAAGAUCAAUGACAUAUAUAAUAUAUUGUUAGUUUGAUA